AUGGACGAUCUCGCAAGCAUAAAGGUUGUUGGAGUUCUCUCCACAAUUUUCUUGUUUUCACUCACCGUUUCUAAUUAUUUAUCCAAAGAAUUUGGCUUAGUAAAAUCUCCAGUUUUCAGUCUUAAAAUAUUUUCUACUAGUUUCGUACUUUUGUAUUUUACAUUCCUUUUUGUUGCGGCAAAAAAGUUCGACACCGUGUUGCCAUCACGCACUCACUCAAAGGGAUAUUUUUUCAUUUCAUCAUUACUUAAAUGGUUUGUUGGAGCUUUGGCAUUUCACUGUGGAGCUGUAAUCUAUGGUGCUGCGUUAUUCAAUUAUGUUGAAGAAACAUUUGUUUGGUCAGUGAUGAUGUCGACCUUAGUGAUCCUACCUUUGCUUUUGACUGAAGUUGAGGAAAUUCCUUUCAUAUUGCAAGGUGAAAGGAAGACAGUUGAUCUAACAUCUUGCAUGUGUGGCAUUGUGAUAUUUACUCUUUUGGGAGCCUGGUUCGGAGCAUUCACUCUUCCUUUGGACUGGGAUCGAGAAUGGCAGGUGUGGCCCAUACCAUGUGCAAUUGGAGCGAUUUCUGGACAUUUUAUUAGUUUAUUAUUGUCGGCUUUGUUAUUAUUUUGGACGUACGUACAAAGAAACAAAAACAAGAUUGUAUAAUAUAUUUAUGUAUUCUUAAAUUACUACAUUUGAUCUUCGUGCAAA